AUGAAGGCCGCCCUUCUCGCUUUUGCGCUCUUUGGCCUUCUGGCCUUCGCCUCGUCCACUGUUCACUUCCAGGAGGACUUUGAUGACUCGUGGGAGAGCCGAUGGGUGUACUCCACCCACGAUGAUGCCUCGGGCAACGCUGGCAAGUUCGCGCACACCGCCGGCAAGUACUUCAACGACGCUGAGAAGGACAAGGGCAUCCAGACCUCGCAGGAUGCCAGGUUCUACAAGCUGUCGGCCAAGUUCCCGAAGUUCACCAACAAGGACAAGCCCCUCGUGAUCCAGUACUCCGUCAAGCACGAGCAGUCUCAGGAUUGCGGUGGUGCCUACAUCAAGGUCGGCCCUGGCCCUCUUGACCAGGAGAAGUUCGAGGGCGAGACCAAGUACAACGUCAUGUUCGGCCCUGACGUGUGCGGCUCGACCAAGAGGGUGCACUUCAUCCUGAACUACAAGGGCGAGAACCACCUCAUCAAGCGUGAGGUCAGGCCCGAGACUGAUAUCUACACCCACCUCUACACUGCCGUCCUUUUCCCCAACCAGACCUACGAGAUCCGCAUUGACAACGAGGUCAAGCAGUCUGGCUCGCUCAUCGAGGAUUGGGACCUUCUUGCGCCCAAGCAGAUCCCCGACCCCGCCCUCAGCAAGCCCGCCGAUUGGGUCGAUGAGGAGUACAUUGAUGACCCCGAGGCCAAGAAGCCCGAGGAUUGGGACAACACCCCCAAGCAGAUCGCCGACCCCGAGGCCAAGAAGCCCGAGGACUGGGAUGACGAGCUCGACGGUGAGUGGGAGGCCCCGAUGAUCGCCAACCCCGACUACCAGGGUGAGUGGCAGGCGCCCCGCGUCAAGAACCCCGCCUACAAGGGCCCGUGGGUGCACCCGCUCAUCGACAACCCCGACUACGUGGCUGACGACCAGAUCUACGUGUUCGAGAACGAGUAUGUCGGCUUUGAGCUCUGGCAGGUCAAGACCGGUACCAUCUUCGAUCACAUCCUCAUCACCGACGACCUCGCCGAGGCCGAGGCCUUCGCCACCGGCUACUUCGCCGAGCAGCAGAAGGGCGAGAAGGCCGCUUUCGAGAAGCAGGAGGAGGAGAGGAACAAGGCCGAGGAGGAGGAGAGGAAGAAGCGCGACGCUGAGACCCAGGAGGCGGACGACGAUGACGACGAUGAUGACGACGAGGAUGACGUUGCCGAUGACCACCACGGUCACGACCACGAGGACCUCUAA